GAGAACUUGUAAUAUUGUGUUUGGCAGAGGGAAGUAGAUACUUGUAAUUUCUUGCAAACAGCCCCUUGGUUAGGUUUAAUUCCAGGCACAGAUGGGCAGAUNUUAGAAUCCACCAAACACAGGCAAUUGCUGUUUAUAAUGAUGCUAGGAAUGGUUGAAUAAAAUUUCAAUGUUAGGUGCAACAUUUUUGUUACAUUAUCAAAUUAAGUUAGGACACAUAUGGUAGACAAUAAAGAAUAUUAAAAUUUGCAUAGUUUGAUUUCUGAGCACAUGUAUUUAAUCUAUGUAUGCCAAAACAGAUCUCUUGUACAAGGCCAACAUUGACACUGGAAGUGUACUGGAAUAUGCCCUUGCUUUCACCAGUGCCGCUUUAGAUAAAUACUGUGGCAAAUGGAGCACGGCCCCUAAGACAGGAUUUAUUGAUAUCACAACUUCAAAGGACUUCUACCGAAUAUUUAGUGGCCUACAAAUAGAAUACUUGGAGGAAUCUGUAUUAUUGCAGUCAAGCAGCCACGAAAUGUUGGGCGAUUCUGUUGCCUGGGGUGGAUGCACAAUCAUCUACUUGCUUGGCCAGCAACUGCACUUUGAACUCUUUGAUUUUUCACAUCAAGUCCUCAAUGUUUCAGAGGCAGAAGCAGCAGCGUUUACAUCACCGCAAAUGAAUCUUGCAUUUGUUCAGGGAUUGGAUAGCUUAAUGGAGGCUAUGAAGAAAGCGAGGAGGCUAAACAGUCAUGUGUUUUCAAUGUUGAAAGCCCGGUGCCCGCUUGAGGACAAGCAAGCAUGCGCUAUAAAACCAAGUGGUGCACCAUUGCAUCGCGUCAAAUAUGAGAACACGGUAUCUGCUUUCGAAACACUCCCUCAGAAAGGUGCUUGAGAUUAAUGGUCUGUUUCCACGACACGACUCCAUCUUUUUUAGUCUUGACUUUCUGUGUUUUACGCAAAGGAUUGGCACCUUUUGAUUUUUUUGUAACCAAGUACUUUGCCAAUUUUUUUUAAAUACAAGUGUGUUGGGUAUAUUAGUGCUGGUGUCCACUUGAGUGGUUAGAAUAUUACUGUGAUUUUCUCACCAAAAGUUUCAGAUGGGAUCUAGGGAAUACAACAAUUUUAGCUGAUUUCUUUUAUAGCAAAUUUCAUAAAUGGUCCUUAAUUAU